UAAAUUUUAAGCAGAAGUUGAGGCCUUGAGGGUCUGUGAGUGUAUGUUUCUCAAAUUAAUUAAUUAAGCACAAGUUGAAUAGAGGCUGCAGGACCUUUGACCCAUUGGUAACUUCUGCUAUGUUAUCAUAAAACACCGCUAAUCACAAACGAUUAAGAAAUCCAACCAUUCCAGUAGCAGCAUGAGCCCAAUGUGGUUGUACAUAGUUUCUUUCUUGGCUGUUGCCAACUUGGUUGCAUCACAAUCGAUCAUCAAAAACCUCCCGGGCUUUUCAGGAGAUCUUCCUUUCAAACUUGAAACUGGGUAUGUGGGUGUAGGUGACUUGGAUGAGGUGCAGCUAUUCUACUACUUCAUUGAGUCUGAAAGGAGCCCAGAAGACGACCCUCUUGUGCUUUGGCUCAAUGGUGGCCCUGGUUGUUCUGCUUUGUCUGGCCUCAUGUAUGAAAUAGGUCCAUUUACAUUUGACUACGCAAAUUCCAAAACUUACUCACCCAAAUUGAAGUUGAACCCAUACUCAUGGACAAAGGUUGCUAAUAUAAUAUUUGUGGAUACACCGGUUGGCUCUGGAUUCUCUUAUGCAAAAACUUCGGAAGGAUACUAUAUUAGUGAUACAUUGGCCGCAGCAGAACUCUAUGAAUUUCUAAGGAAGUGGCUUAAGGUUCACCCCAAGUUCCUCACAAAUACAUUGUACGUCAUGGGAGAUUCUUACUCAGGCAUAAUCAUCCCUAUCCUUGUUCAAGAAAUAUCUGAUGGUAAUGAAGCUGGUAGGGAGCCGCGAAUGAAUCUCAAGGGAUAUGUGAUCGGAAACCCAGUGACAAAUACGAAUGUUGAUUUGAAUGAAAGAAUUCCAUUUGCUCACCUAAAGGCACUUAUAUCAGAUGAACUAUAUGAGUCAACUAAAAAGGAUUGCAAGGGCGAGUAUAUGAUUGUAGACCCAAGCAAUGCAGCAUGUGUGGAUGAUCUUAAAGUCUACACUGAGUGUAUUGAGAAAAUCGUUACUCAACAUAUAUUGGAGCCUACAUGUCAACUUUUAUACCCAAAGCCUAGGCCUAGGGUAUCAAAGUGGGAUCCAGAUACUCCUAUUGAAGAUUCCGCAUACCUCCUGCAAUCGAUUACUCAUCUUCCUGAACCUAGAAGAUGGUGCCGGGAAUAUAAUUAUCUGUACUCGUACAUUUGGGCAAAUGAUAAAACGGUUCAAAAGGCUCUUCACGUUCGGGAGGGAAGCAUCAACGAGUGGGUGAGAUGCAAUGAGAGUUUAGUCUACACAUAUGACGUCACAAGUAGUCUGAAUUAUCACCGAAACCUUAUCAAGAAAGGCUAUGAGGUUCUCAUUUACAGUGGAGAUCAUGACAUGGUUAUUCCAUACAUAUCAACGCAUGCAUGGAUUGAAUCGCUAAACCUUACUAUUGCCCAUGAUUGGAGGCCGUGGUUUGUAGAUGGUCAAGUUGCAGGAUUCACAAUGCAGUAUACAUUUAAAAAGUACUGCUUGACAUUUGCAACAGUUAAGGCAAGUGGGCACACAGCUCCAGAGUACAAGCCCAAUGAAUGUCUUGCCAUGGUUGAUAGGUGGUUAUCUUACUAUCCCCUUUAGAGGAUUUAUCAAUUCAUUCAAUUGAGUAGGCUUGUUGUACAUUAAACAUUUCUGAGUAAUUUUUGUUGUGUAUUCAAUUUCUAAUAAUAAAAUUCAACAAAAUCAACUUCUCCA